UUGUUCCAAACCCUGCUCACCAGUUUGUGCAUAUCAUUAGUCGCUUGAGAAUUUUGUAGCUGUGUAAGGGUGUACCUGCACUGCAUGCUAUCGAGGAGAAACUGGCAGUGCACGCAAUCUACCCGCUUUAUUCAGGUUCCGUAAUGUCUUUUUCUCUUGGGGGUGGAGAUAUUCCCCCAUUACUAGAUGUGUAUUAAAUCUCCCCAACUUUCCCACAUGAGACAUAAUGUGCCGCUCACCUCCAACAAACAACAAGAGAUCAUUCCUUGCAGCGCCAUUCUUUACACCUCAGCCAGCAUCUGCCUACCUGAGGUGCUUGUCGCUGUGUAGUCGUGAAAACAUCAUGGUGGCAUUCAAAGGAAUUUGGACCCAGCCCUUCUGGAGAGCAGUUUCUGGGGAAUUCCUGGCUACUUUGAUCUUUGUCCUCCUCAGUCUGGGCUCGACAAUAAACUGGGGUAAAAAAGAGAACCCCCCUCCAGCAGACCUGGUGCUCAUCUCCCUGUGUUUUGGACUCAGCAUUGCCACCAUGGUGCAGUGUUUCGGGCACAUCAGUGGAGCUCACAUUAACCCCGCUGUGACAGCAGCCAUGGUCUGCAUGAAGAAACUCAGCCUAGCCAAGUCUCUCUUUUAUGUGGUGGCCCAAUGCCUGGGAGCUGUAGCUGGGGCAGGAAUCCUGUACCUGGUGACGCCCAGUGAUGUGAGAGGUGACUUUGGUGUAACCAUGGUCAACUCCAAGAUCUCUGUUGGCCAUGGGCUGUUGGUUGAACUGUUCAUCACCUUUGAGCUGGUUUUCACAAUCUUUGCGACUUGCGAUUCAAAACGACGGGAUCUUAAAGGUUCAGCAGCUUUGGCCAUCGGCUUUGCCGUCACAAUUGGACACCUGUUUGCUAUGAUGACCUGUUCUCCGUUUCCCCCGAGCCAGCUCCUUCAGCGUCUGAAUCAACUUCACGACAACUGUGAUCGGCGGUGUUUACUACCCCAACCUUCCUCACUCGCAUGUCUACUCCUCCAGUGCCUUCAUCUGAUCCCUCGUCUCUCUUUCAACAACGGGCUCGCUCUCCUGUCCGCCACAGCGCCUGCUUGGCCACUCGUUCCUGCGCAACUCCUGACAUCAGUGACUGGACGAUCUCCAAGCUUCAACACUACUUCUGUAGUAACAACAUCCCCUUCAAACCCACAGCACAUAAGGAGAAUUUGUUCAAUAUUUUCCUCCUCUCUACAGCAUCCUUCCCGAGGUAGGCGUUAUGAUGAUCGCACAGAUCGUCGCCUUUCAGCUCGCCCCGCACCUACUGGCAUCUAGGCAUCUAUCAGGCCCCUGCAGUGACCUCUGUGGCCUCUAUGGGCAUCCAGCAGGCCCCCCAUAGUGGUCCCUUCUCUGUCGAAUGCGUUUCUUCCUUCGGCCUUUUCAGCUGCCGGUUUUUAACGGCCCCGUAGCCCCUUUCUAUUCUAUACCUCAAACAGCCGCCCAGCAAUCCCCUACUUUCUUUUCUUACUUCCUCUUCUUUCCCCACGGCUAUGGGCAUCCAACAGGCCCCCAUAACCGCUCCCUUUUCCUACCCCACAUUCUCAGCUGACACCUCCCAAUUCACUCCAGCGCUCCAGUUUUUCCAUAACCACCCUGUACUUCCUCCUUCCGCAGUGUCCGGUUAUUCUUUUAAAAAUGUCAUGGCCCUGCCUCCUGGAAAUGCCCCGAUCUUCAACCACAAACCCUUAUCCCUUUGCCUACGUAACCAGGUGCGGCUAUUAACCUAGAUUCUUUACUGACCAACACUUUAGAUUCCAUCAGUACCAGGGUAGUUCAGUGUGCCGACCUCUCAGUUACUCUCAAAACCUCCGACACCCGCUUAUUCAAAACACUUUUGCUUUUAGCCAAUUCAGGGACAUUUGUGAGUUCUCUCCCGACCAACGGCUUGAGCUGGAUGAUUGUUUGUCCAUAAUUCUAGAUCUGUCAGUUAGAUUCGGAGGUUCCCAUUUUUUCGAAUAUCACAAAGCCUUUUCUGCCAAAGCCGCUGCCCGUCUCCAACAAUGGAACCAGAGGAUCUACUGGGGCACCCUGGACUAAGACCUAUUCUCCCAUUGUUUUACUGUUCUCCGGCUCCUAGCAUGCCCUGUAUGCGGUUCCACUGCACACCGCACUAUUUUCUGCUCCCUUAACUACCCUCCGCCUCAUGUCCCUUGCUCGCAAUCCUCCUCAUUUUUUCAUCCCCUUCAGAUCAAAAGACGGCCAAUGCCACAAUGUUACAUUCUCCAGAGGCACCCAGAUUUGUAACAAUUUCAGUGAAGGAAUCUGCUCCGACUCUGCCUGUAACUUCUUUCACAUAUGCAUAUCAUUGCGGGGAAGCCCAUUCCCAAAUAGUUUGUUCCCUCCAACCAUAACCUUUCAAGUUACCCCCUCCCUCACUGCAGGCAUCCGGCAGGACCCUGCAGUGACCUCCCUAGCCACUGUGAGUGUCCAGCAGGCCCCCAGAGUGCUCCCUGCUUCUUCCUUUGGCUCAUUCAUCAGUUUCUGAGCUCCCGCUAUCCGUCCCAGGGUUUCAGUGCCUGCCACUGUUGUCCCAUAAACCCCCCCUUGUACCUCCAACUGCAACCUUUGAGGUUACCCCCCCUCACUGCAGGCAUCCAGCAGGUAGCUGCAGUGACCUACAUGGACACUAUGAGCAUCCAGCAUGCCCCCAUAGUGGGCUUUUAACAAGGACCCGCAGCCCCCUUCUAUGCCUUACCUCUUCACAGGUCUCGGACUCCUGGCAUACUUUGUGUGCGGUUCCACUGUUCACCCAUCCAUCACAAUCAUCCUUCCUCCCAUGCAUUUCCCACCCUUUCCUUCAUUUCUUCCCAGAUCAAAAGACGGUCAGGACGGCAACAUUACGUUCUCCAGCUGCCCCCAGAUUUGCAACAAUUUCAACAGAAAAGCCUGCUCCUAUUCCUCCUGCCAAUUUCUUCACAUUUGCAACCACUGCAGGGAAGCCCAUUCACAUUUAAUUUGUCUACGCAAGCCCCCCCCCCC